GAAAAUGUUCCUUUGAAAAAUUAACCCCCUUUUUUUUCUUUUAUGGCAAAUUACUGCAGGGUAAUAAAAACGGCAUCCCAUAAUUUGAUACAAACGCACCCAUUAAUUAUUGUAGUUAAUGAUAAACUUCAUCAUAAACAGGUUUAUAGUCUCAUCUUCACACAGGUUAGGAAAAUAAACAGAUUAAAAUCUGGACUUCUGUCGCCCUCUGGUGGAGAGAGUCCGGCAUUGAGCUUCCGGUCUGACUUGGUGACGUCCAGCAGGGGGCAGUAUGCGGAUUUGAUGGUGCCCACCAGCAGCCGGAAGUGACGCACAGAGCCCGCGGUGAGCAGAGUGGAGGAUCGGUGGGUUUAAAUGAGCAGAGGAGCGUCUGGCAUCAAACAUCAGCCGCCCAGAGGUUAAUUAGCCCCCCGCGUCACUUCCUGCCCCGGCCUGAUGGCGGCGCCGCUCCCGCAGCUGGCCGGCCUGCCGCCCCAGCAGCAGCAGCCUCCGCCCGGGGCGCUCCGGGAGAUCUCCCCGGUGUUCCUCUGCAGGAUCGGCCAGGAGACCGUGCAGGACAUCGUCACGCGCACCAUGGAGAUCUUCCAGAUCACGCGCGCCACGCAGCUGCCUAACGGAGUGACCCAGAGCCACGCCGUGUACCAGGACCGGUUCGGGAAGCUGCAGGAACACCUGCGGCAGCUCGCGUUGCUCUUCAGGAAGCUGCGGCUGCUGUACGAGCGCUGCGUGGAGAUGACCUCUGACCUCCAGGAGGCGCCCACGGAGCUCGUCCCGUACGCCGGAGAGGAGCUGGUUCCGGUCCGAUCGGAGCCCUGCAGCCCGGCCGUCGUCCAGGAGCGCCAGGAGGUUCUGGAGGUGAGAGGAGCCCAGUUAUCCACUGGUCACCGGUUCUGAUCCGUCUGAGUUCUGGACGGGUUCUGGUUCUGUUCAUGUUGGCGACCCAACAUCAGCCUUCAGCAAACGAUGCUGGACGAUAAAAUGUCCCAGAAAUGAUUAUGAUCAAUAAUAAUAUAUUCAUUUUGAAACCAUUU